AGAACCUCCAAUGCUAAGGAAGGUACUAGAUGAACACUUUUGUAGUAUGCCUGCUGAAGAGCUGCCGUUUAGUCCGGCAUGACCAUGGCAUCUUGGGAGGGAUUUAGCGAUGCUGAUCUUCAGAGGCUGAAAGGCAGUAGCGUAGUUGUACAUAGCUAUACUGGCAAGGCGAAAUCGUCGCAACUGGCAAAAAAGCAGAACAGAAAGACGGCAGCAUCGCGCACACGGCCUGCUGCCAAAUCAGCCAGCGCCGCAAGGCCGUACACAGAUAGCGAGCGCUCGUCACCCGAACAACCCGUGGCUGCCUCCAGUUCAACAAAGCUUCGAGUCGUAUCCAGUGAGGGCUCGGUGUCCAGUGUAGACGCUGCAAGCACUAGUAUGGCAGCAGCAACAGCCUCGUCAAGCGCACCAACCUUAUCAAGAAAACGUAGUUCUGGAUCAACAGAGGGAGAUGCUGAGAUAGAAGUUCGAUUAUGCACGGACGAUGAACUCCAAAGUAUGAAGAAGAGCCGUCUCGAGGAACUCCACAAACAACAGAAGGAGCUCGAAAAAGUAAAUUUGGAGAAGAAGAAGCAGCUACAGCAGACCAUUGCUCUGCGGAAAGAGGAAGCUCAGAAGGAGACACAGCGGCUGACUACAGUUCAGAAGGAGCUGUCUCGACUUGACAACAUUGUCUCCACCGAUGUAUCAGUACUGCGUGAGAAGAUUGAAGAAGCUAAUGCAGCAUUCAACGAAGCUCAGCAACGCUAUGAUGCCGCCGAAGCUGAAUUUGUGAGCGCAAAGGUAACCCUGCACCGAUGCGGGGAGCAGAAGGAGUUGCUCAUGGAGCACCUCAUGACCAUCAUAGAACAGACUGAGUUGCGUAAGGCAAACAAGCUUGCCGAACUAAUGGGUACCCUAGAUGUUGGAGAAUCACAGCAGGGCGGCACGGCAUCCAACACUCCAUCUAAUGGCAGUGCUGCAGCAAUGCCUGAUGCAAAUGCCUCCAGUCAGCUGUCCAGUGAUGUAGCUAACAAGGACCACGGAGAUGAAGAGGCUGAUGGGGAGGAUGACGAUGUACCACAGGAGCCUGUAACCCUUCUUGGUUUGGCUCAGUCAGCAGACGAAGAGGAAGGCAGAAUAUACAGCGAGUGACUGUUAUAGGCGCCGGUGUUGUCCGGGAACAGCCUGUGUCGGUAGUGGGAAAGUGAGUAUUGGUUAUUGAUGUCUGGAUAGAGACUAGUUUGGAACUCUGAGACUUUGUCAAGUUCAUACAGGUAUUGUGUGGCCGUGCAUUUGAGGACGAUAUGCUGCUUCGAAGUAAGUUACAAAUCCGCAAUAUUAACUAUACAAAUUUAUGAAGCAGAGUAUAAAAUGACAUGAUGGCAGCCAUUAUCAUGUUGUUAAUUAUUGCUGUAUGUUCUUUUAAAUAAUUAUUGAUAUCUUUGCCAAAGCCAUUUAGUGCAGCACGCUGGCAUCUUAGCACUAGUCAGCAGUAGAGGAAUACGCAGGCCAUAAUUUAUAACACGUUUACUAGCUACCUUUGUUCAUAAUAUUCCUACCUUGCCGCGGGCUGAGCGAGUCGAUUCAUCCCUGUACAGCAUGUCUUGGUUUACUGACCGGUGUCAGCUGGCAAGGAAGUGCUGAGUGAGUGUCUGUAGUCCUAUGUACUACUUUCGGAAGUAGUGCUGGUAUUAGCAGAUCCUGCCUUUGAUGCUUUGAGCCAGCUCAGAAAAGGUUUCUAGUUCACUGGAGAUCUGACCUCAUUGCGAUGCGUUUGGUUCCACCUGUGACUCUGUGCUUGACUGUUUGAAACCUAAAAAUCCAGCUAGUUGUCCGGAGAUUGUGUACUUCGAAAUACGUGUACUGACCGUUGUGGACAUUGAA